GGAGGAAGCCGUGCCGGGCCACGCAGGGCCUUCCUGUUUUGGGCCCCGAGUCCUCAGAGGCAGGCGCUCCGGGGCCAAAGUUCCCGCACCGCCCUCGCCUCCCCGGGGCGCACCCCCAGGGCCCCAGGUCGGGGCAAGGGCUCCGAGAUGUCCUUGCUGCUCCGACGGGGAAACUGAGGCAUGGGGCUCGCCAGAGACUUCCCGGAUGGACGAGGCUGAUGCGUUCUUAUUUGGCACCUCCGGGCUGCCCCCCCUUCUGGAAGGGGCGUGGAGGGCUGGGUACCAGCGGGUGUCCCCUCCGGUCGCCCGGCCUCGCCAUGCGGACCCCCCGAGCGCCCCCUCCCCGCCCGGCGCUGCUGCUCCUACUGCUCCUGGGGGGCGCCCACGGCCUCUUCCCUGAGGAGUCGCCGCCGCUCAGCAUCGCCCCCAGGGACUACCUGAACCACUACCCCGUGUUCGUGGGCAGCGGGCCGGGCCGCCUGACCCCCGCAGAGGGCUCUGAGGACCUCAACAUCCAGCGCGUCCUGCGGGUCAACAGGACGCUGUUCAUUGGGGACAGGGACAACCUGUACCGGGUGGAGCUGGAGCCCCCCACGUCCUCGGAGCUGCGAUACCAGCGGAAGCUGACCUGGCGCUCCAACCCCAGCGACAUCAACGUGUGUCGGAUGAAGGGCAAGCAGGAGGGCGAGUGUCGAAACUUCGUGAAGGUGCUGCUGCUUCGGGACGAAUCCACGCUGUUCGUGUGCGGAUCCAAUGCGUUCAACCCCGUCUGUGCCAACUACAGCAUGGACACGCUGCAGCCCCUCGGGGACAACAUCAGCGGCAUGGCCCGCUGCCCGUACGACCCCAAGCACGCCAACGUGGCCCUCUUCUCUGAAGGGAUGCUCUUCACGGCCACUGUCACCGACUUCCUAGCCAUCGACGCCGUCAUCUACCGCAGCCUCGGGGACCGGCCCACUCUGCGCACCGUGAAACAUGACUCCAAGUGGUUCAAAGAGCCCUACUUCGUCCAUGCGGUGGAGUGGGGCAGCCACAUCUACUUCUUUUUCCGGGAGAUCGCGAUGGAGUUUAACUUUCUGGAGAAGGUGGUGGUGUCGCGCGUGGCCCGUGUGUGCAAGAACGACGUGGGCGGCUCCCCGCGCGUGCUGGAGAAGCAGUGGACGUCCUUCCUGAAGGCGAGGCUCAACUGCUCGGUGCCCGGCGACUCCCACUUCUACUUCAACGUGCUGCAGGCCGUCACGGGCGUGGUCAGCCUGGGCGGCCGGCCUGUGGUCCUCGCCGUCUUCUCCACCCCCAGCAACAGCAUCCCCGGCUCAGCCGUCUGCGCCUUUGACAUGACGCAGGUGGCCGCCGUGUUCGAAGGCCGCUUCCGCGAGCAGAAGUCCCCGGAGUCCAUCUGGACGCCGGUGCCCGAGGACCAGGUGCCGCGGCCCCGGCCCGGCUGCUGCGCGGCUCCCGGCAUGCAGUACAACGCGUCCAGCGCCUUCCCCGACGACAUCCUCAGCUUCGUCAAGACCCACCCCCUGAUGGACGAGGCCGUGCCCUCACUGGGCCAGGGGCCCUGGAUCGUACGCACCCUCAUGCGGCACCAGCUGACGCGCGUGGCCGUGGACGUGGCCGCCGGGCCCUGGGGCAACGAGACCGUGGUCUUCCUGGGCUCCGAGGCGGGCACCGUCCUCAAGUUCCUCGUGUGGCCCAACGCCAGCACCCCGGGUGCCACUGGGCCCAGCGUCCUCCUGGAGGAGUUCGAGACCUACCGGCCCGACAGGUGCGGACGAACCAGCGGCAGCGAGACGGGGCAGCGGCUGCUGAGCCUGGAGCUGGACGUGGCCUCGGGUGGCCUGCUGGCAGCCUUCCCCCGCUGUGUGGUCCGGGUACCCGUGGCCCGCUGCCAGCAGUACUCGGGGUGCAUGAAGAACUGUAUCGGCAGCCAGGACCCCUACUGCGGGUGGGUCCCCGACGGCGCCUGCGUCUUCCUGAGCCCCGGCACCAGAGCCCCCUUCGAGCAGGACGUAUCCGGGGCCAGCACGGCAGGCUUAGGGGACUGCACGGGGCUCCUGCGGGCCAGCCUCUCGGAGGAGCGCGCCGGGCUGGUGUCGGUGAACCUGCUGGUGACGUCGUCGGUGGCGGCCUUCGUGGUGGGCGCCGUGGUGUCCGGCUUCAGCGUGGGCUGGUACGUGGGCCUCCGCGAGCGGCGCGAGCUGGCCCGUCGCAAGGACAAGGAGGCCAUCCUGGCGCACGGGGGCGGCGAGGCCGUGCUGAGCGUGAGCCGACUGGGCGAGCGGCGGGCGGGCGGCCCCGGGGGCCGGGGCGGCGUUGGGGGCGCCGGGGGGCCCCCCGAGGCCCUGCUGGCCCCGCUCAUGCAGAACGGCUGGGCCAAGGCCACGCUGCUGCAGGGCGGCCCCCACGACCUGGACUCGGGGCUGCUGCCCACGCCCGAGCAGACGCCGCUGCCGCAGAAGCGCCUGCCCACCCCGCACCCCCACGCGCUGGGCCCCCGCACCUGGGAGCACGGCCACCCCCUGCUCCCCGCCUCCGCCUCGUCCUCCCUCCUGCUGCUGGCCCCCGCCCGGGCCCCCGAGCAGCCCCCCGCGCCCGGCGACCCGAUCCCCGAUCCCCGCCUCUAUGCCACCCGGCCCGGCCGGGCCUCCCACGGCGACUUCCCGCUCACCCCCCAUGCCAGCCCGGACCGCCGGCGGGUGGUGUCAGCGCCCACGGGCCCCUUGGACCCAAGCUCAGCCGCCGACAGCCUCCCGCGGCCCUGGAGCCCGCCGCCCACGGGCAGCCUCCGGAGGCCGGGUCCCCACGCCCCGCCGGCUGCCGCCCUGCGCCGCACACACACUUUCAACAGCGGCGAGGGCCGGCCUGGGGACCGCCACCGCGGCCGCCACAUCCGGCCCGGCACGGACUUGGCCCACCUGCUGUCCUACGGGGGGCCGGACAGGACUGCGCCCCCCGUGCCCUAGGCCGGGGUCCCCGGACGCCUCAGCGGUGCCAGCCACGGGAACCUAGGACGGGGGCCCGGCUCCGAGUGGGUGCUCCGGCCCCCCGACCCCAGCCGCGGGGGAGGCCCCCUCCGCCGCACGGAAGCACAACGAGCCCGGCCCCCCACCUGCUUGCGGCCGCAGGACACUGAGGCAGUUUGAGGGGGGGCGGUGGGCGGGAGGAACGUGCCACGAUUUGCGGGUGACCUUCUGCGCGUGGGUUUUGGUUUGUUUUCGAUUUGCGUUUCUUUUGCUGUUUUCUACUCAAUUGCACAAGUCCGUUCUCGGGGCUGCGGCCCGGGGGGCUUGGAGGCGGUGGGAUGGGGAGAGGGGGCCGCAGCCGCAGACCCGAGGCCCCUCCCCGCCUCCCCCCGCCCCCGAAAAGUCCCUCCUUCCCCCAGGCUCCUGGCGUGUGUGGGUGUGUGUGCGUGUGCAUGCUGUGUUCGUGUGCAAGGGGCCGGGAAGGGGAGGGUGGCGUGUGCGUGUGUGUGCGCCCGCGAGGGCUGCUGCCGGCGUGUGCGUGGGGCGGGCCACGCGUGCGCGUGCGGUGUGCGCGUGUCUGUGUGCGACUGCGGUGGCCCCAGCGGCCUGGGCGUCGCUGAGCUGACGCCGGGGCUUCCAGAAGGCCGGGGGGCCGUCGAGGUGCCGGUUCGAAGUCGCAGGGGGAGCUGGGGACGGGGGUUCAGGCGGGGGGGCUGGGAGGGCCUGCCCGAAAGUCACUGUGGCAGCAGCUGUCUAAAGGGCUCGGCGGUCUCGGGGUGGGGGGGCGGCCAAGGCGGGCGGGCCCCCCUGUAAAUACGGCCCCAGGGUGGUCAGAGGGUCCCACGCCACCUGUCCCCUUGUGACCUCCCCCUUUGACCUCCAGCUGACCAUGCAUGCCAGCUGAGUGGCCGGCUGAGCCCUGGCUCCUCUCUGGAGUCUGCCUCCCCCACCCCCUCCCCGUCAAUAAAACUGUUUACAACC